GACCUAAGACCCCAUGGACUAAAAGGAAGACCCCAUGGGCUAAAACGAAGACCCCUUGGACUAAAACGAAGACUCCAUGGACUAAAACGAAGACCCCUUGGACUAAAACGAAGACCCCAUGGACUAAAACGAAGACCCCUUGGACUAAAACGAAGACCCCAUGUAUUAAAACGAAGACCCCUCUGACUAAGACGAAGACCCCAUGGACUAAAACGACGACCCCUUGAACAAAAAAACGAGGACCUCUUGGACUAAAACGAAGACCCUUUGGACUAAAACGAAGACCCUUUGGACUAAAACGAAGACCCCGUGGACUGAGACGAAGACCCCUUGGACUAAAACGAAGACCCCAUGGACUAAAACGAAGACCCCUU